GUAGGCGGCAAAGCACAAACUUGUCUUGGCUGUGACCAUCGACGUCCUCUACCACUACCACGGCCUCCCUCAAUGCCAUGACUGGAAAGAUCGCCCUGAGUAGUGUUUCUCUCAUCUUUGCCUGUGGAACAGCUCUGUUUUCUGAUGGUUAUGCCAACAAUGUCAUUGGUUCUGUUCUAAAACACAUAUACGGCACUGGUUCCGACGGCAUCACUACGAACUACAGCACCACACUCUCUAGUGUCGCCUUCGCAGGCACCGUGGUGGGUAUGUUUACCUUUGGCUACCUCUCCGACAAAGCUGGACGCAAAUUCGGUAUGAUGUCCGCAACUGGGAUCGUUGCAGUAUUUUCUGGUCUCUCAUCUGCUUCGUCUGGUGCUAACAAUAGCCUUGACGGUAUGCUUGCUAUGCUUAUUGCAUGUCGCUUCCUUCUUGGGAUUGGCAUUGGUGCUGAAUACCCUUGCGGUUCCGUGUCCGCAUCUGAACAGUCGGAGGAAGAGGGCAUUGCUAAGAAUUCGCAACACCAAUGGCUUGUGCUAGCCACGAACACCAUGAUUGAUUUUGGUUUUGUUAUUGGAGCAUUUGUACCAUUGGUACUUUACUGGAUAUUCGGAGACAACCACCUUCGAGCCAUCUGGUGCCUCUCGCUUGGGCUUGGUGUAGUUCCUGCUACUGGUGUCUUUUUUUGGCGGCUACACAUGGAGGAACCUAAUCGCUACAAGUGUGAUUCAAUGAAGCAUGUGCAUAUUCCAUACCGACUAGUCAUUAAAAGAUACUGGCAUGGCCUGCUUGGCAUCUCACUGGCAUGGGUUACCGGCGGCAAUUCAUCCCUCACCGUUGUCUUUGGUUGGUCUGUUGUGAUCAACCUGUUCUACAUUCCAGGCACCGUUAUAGGUGCCUUCUUCGUUGAUCUCAUGGGUCCAAAGGCCACCAUGAUCACUGGCCUUCUCACACAAGCGGUCAUUGGAUUUAUCAUGAGUGGUCUUUAUACCCAGCUGUCACAACAUGUUGCCGCUUUUGCUGUAGGUCCUGGAAACUGCGUUGGUGUAGUAGCUGCAAAAUCCGGGCCUACUGCUGUGCGUGGCCAGUAUUACGGUGUUGCAGCUGCCACUGGAAAAAUUGGCGCAUUUAUUGGAACUUGGGUGUUCCCUGUGAUGAUCAAAGAUUUUGGUGGCUCAAGUUCAGCUAAAGGGAACACUGGCCCCUUCUGGUUUGCCAGCGGUCUUGCCAUCCUAAGUGCAAUCAUUGUAUACUUUCUUGUGACGCCUUUGGACCACGAUGGUAUGAAGAAAGAAGAUGCCAAGUUCCGACAAUACCUCGCGGAGCACGGUUUCGACGUCUCACGUAUGGGUCUUCCCAAAACUGAAAUCACGGGUUCAGCGGUCAAGGACACUGACUCCGCGACCAAAGUUUAGUUGUGCUGCAAGUAGAUGGGCCUUUAUGUUUGUGUUUGUGUACCAUGAUAUUUCUUUGCUCACUUGUAUGAAUACCUUCUGAAUACUCAAGAUGCAUAGUCUUCAGAGAUCUAGACU